AUGUGUUCAAAAGAAUUAUGGGAGGCCCCCUCGGCUCAAGAAUGGGGCAAGACGUUAUUGAAAGCCUCUCAAAACGCAAAUAAUACACCAAACCUCUCUACGACUGAGCUAUUCAACCCCAUCACAUUCAUACUUAAGAAUCCAAACCGAAUGAUGCAGGAUUCAUUCAGCAUUUACUGUGAAUUGGAAGUCAUUGCGGCAUCUAUCACCGAGGCAAGAGAGCUUGGCUCCUGGCCGUCUGCAUGCUCCCAACUGGAAGCGACCUUGUUACAGUUGUAUGAGGACCGACUCAAACCCACUGUGAAUGGUACCAACAGCCUCCUUUGCCUUGAGAUUCUUUGGCAUUUUCUUUUCAUAUCUCUUUAUGCAGACCUGAAUCUGCUGGAGAUCUGCACGGGAAGAGAUGGCUAUGAGGAGUCACAGCAGCAUCUCCACUACGCAAAAUCUUGGGCAGCUUCUCAAAACGGCCGUAGAUGUGCAUUGCAUGGCGCUUUAAUAUUACGGAAAUCAGGUCGCGUCUCCGUGAGUGCGACGACGGCAAUUUACCUUCCGCGCGUGUUAUUUAAUACUGCUUUGGUUUGGUACUGGUAUACGGAAUUAGGUCACGAGGGACGUGUCGAGGCACAAGGGAGUGACGACGAAUUUUCGGAGUUCAAGAUUCUUGGUAUCGAUUGCAACACUUUAUUGUUUGAGGCACAUGGCUUCAAACUAGCUCGACCUAGGAAGGUUGAAUCCAGCACGCUCUACGAUCUCGUUGAUUUGCUCAGACGCCAGGGUAGCUGGACAAUCUCGCGCAAGCUAGCAUCGUUGAUGAGCUUGAUCAUCCACGGAGAAGCUGACCCAGAGGAUUAUCAUUCUUGA